CCUGCGGGGGUGUGUGAGGAGGCGGGGCAGGGCGGCAGCGCCGGUGCGAGGCGGCGGAGGCGGCGGCAUGAAUGAGGCGGAGGGGCUGCGGCAGCGUCGGCCGCUGCGGCCGCAGGUCAUCACCGAGGACAGCCCCGCGCAGCAGGACAAGGAGGGCAGUGCUUACAGCAGCAAGGUGUUCCGGGUUACUUUCUUGACUUUGGCUGCAUCUCUAACUGUACCUCUGCUUGGAGUAACUGUUCUCCUGGAUUGUCCUAUAGACCCUCAGCCUAUAAGUUUGAAGGAACCUCCGCUCCUGACGGGUGUGCUUGAGCCCAAUGUCAAGUUGCGCAAAGCUGAGCGGUUAUGGGAAAAUCAGCUGCUUGGACCCGAGUCCAUUGCCAUCAUCGGGGAUGUGCUGUUUACUGGGACAGCUGAUGGGAAGAUUAUCAAAAUUGAAGAUGGAGAAAUACAAACAAUAGCCAGAAUUGGCCAUGGUCCUUGUGGAACCUGUGAUGAUGAGCCAACGUGUGGAAGACCACUUGGCAUCAGAGUGGGACCAAAUAACACCCUUUUUGUGGCAGAUGCUUAUUAUGGACUCUAUGAAGUUAAUCCUGGUACAGGUGAAACAAAAAUGCUUGUGUCAACCAAAACACUAAUUGAAGGUCAGAGGCUGUCAUUUGUGAAUGACCUUACAGUGACCAGGGAUGGGAGGAAAAUCUACUUCACUGACUCCAGUAGCAAAUGGCAAAGGCGAGACUACUUAUACUUGAUCAUGGAAGGCUCAGAUGAUGGGCGUCUGCUGGAAUACGACACAGUGACAAAAGAAGUGAAAGUCUUAAUGGUGGGGCUAAGGUUUCCCAAUGGUGUCCAGCUCUCUCCUGCGGAAGACUUUGUCCUGGUGCAGGAGACAACCAUGGCUAGAAUCAGGAGGUAUUAUGUGUCUGGGCUGAUGAAAGGUGGAGCAGAUAUGUUUGUUGAGAAUAUGCCUGGUCUUCCAGAUAAUAUCAGGUUAAGCAGCUCUGGAGGAUAUUGGGUAGCUAUGGCAGCUGUCCGGCCCAACCCUGGAUUUUCUUUGUUGGAUUUCUUGUCUGAGAAACCAUGGAUUAAAAGGAUGAUAUUUAAGUUGCUGAGUCAGGAAACUGUGACAAAGUUUAUACCCAAAUACAGCCUUGUUGUUGAACUAAGCGAGACAGGAGCCUACAAAAGAAGCUUUCAUGAUCCCAAUGGGGUAACAGUAGCUUACGUUAGUGAGGCACAUGAGCACAAUGGAUAUCUUUACCUGGGCUCCUUCCGGUCUCCGUUUAUUUGCAGACUGAAUCUUCAGCAUGUUUAACUGCCCAUCCAUGAUAAAGUGCCACUGUCCUAGAAUACUCCAGAGGUACGAGGGAAGCGUGUGCUUCAGCCAGCAUGUGACCAAGGACAAAACAUGAAAGACAGUCUGUUCAUGUGCAGUAGCACUGUUCUGGUGCCAUAGGAAAACAUACAGCUCGCUGUGCUUGUCCUCUUCCUUGUUUUGUCUGCUCUUGUUUUGGAGUUGGCAUGCCUCACUGUUGGUAUCUGAGGAGUAUGGUGGGGCAUCUUCAUACUGUUAUGUGCUCCUUAAAAGAAAAUCUGUUGUUUUUCCAUGCCCAGCUCUGUUUGGAGUUGUCCUAAACCUCAUCUGUCACCUUUAAUGUAACUGUAUGUUUUCUUAUACUGGGAGGAUUUGUGAUGUAUGGAAUGUAACUGUGUAUGAUUCAGGUUGAAGAGGAUGUCCUGCAUGUGUUUAUUUCUGGUUUAGAACCUCCUGUUCAGGAGAGAUUACAGUGCAUGUUCUAAUGUCAUACCAUGGUGCUGUGGUAGAGGCAGCAACAUCCAGAACAUGCCUGGAAAUCUAGUUACAUAAUUUGGAUUUCUUCAGUUCCAGCCUGUGUAAUCAACAUCAGACACUACAAUUAGCUGUUAAUCAAGAUGCAGAAUCAACUUGCCUGUGGUCUGUGGACUCCUGUGUUUCGUUAUAGCAGUAUAGUCAGAUGAUGAAUGAAAGUUUCAUUUUCUAUGUUAUUAAAGACUAGUUUCAGCUGGUUUAAAA